UGCCGUAUUAUAAUGUUUUUAAUGUAAUUGACUUUGUGAACUUUGAAGUUCUGAAACUGUAUCUGAACUGUAUCUUUUUAGAGCGAAAAAAGCCCACGUCUUUGCAACAGAAAAUAUCAAAAGCUCAGAAUAUAAUAAGGGAAAGAGCUAAACGGCGGCGCAAAUGUUAUGAAAAAAAUUAUCAAGCAUUUCUAGAAGAUGACGAGUCGCGACCCGCUCAAUGCUAUGAAAAUAAUGAUACGAAAGGUGCGUCGGCGUCGAUAUGCGAGAUUGUUCAACAUAAUCUUCCCGCAGAUGCGUCUCGUCUACGAGAAGAAAUAACUCGAGAAUUAUUCGAUAAUAAUAUAACAUAUUCGGACAUCGUCUCUGGCGAAUGUCGUGUGCCCCGACUUGAAAAUUGUGAUUCCAAAAAAAAUACAAAAAACGAACUUGAAAAUGAAUGUACGUCAGAUGUCUCCGGAGUCCACAUUACCAAAGGUGAGGUGGUCGUAAGCCCCAACGUGAUUGAAAACUCGAACGUUUUCGAUGAAGAAUUGUGUUUAACAGACGAAAAAAAUCGUCAUAACUUGACGAGUGGAGGUUAUAGCGUCUCGUCAGUAACCAUUGAAAAUAUUGACUCGGAACCAAAAAUACCUAAAGAGGAAGCGGACGGCGGUGGACUCGUUAAUUUCUCUGAGAAAGCGGAAAAGACAAGGGUAUGUGAUGAACAAGAUUCCGCGUCUAGCGUCGGAGGAGCUCACCACCAGAUGGAUCUGGAGACGGCAGCUAUAACGAUUCAGAAAGUUUUUCGAACUUUCCUUUUUAAAAGUAAAACUACCAGCUUAGAUGAUUCCACGAACGUUGACAUCAAUCUUUUUAUCGAAGAAAACAAUUUGGAGAAUGAUAUUAAUAUGACUAAUAAAGAACGUCGAGGAAUCAGCAGAAUGGACACCGUACUUCAAACCGUGAACGAGGAGAAAUCGUUGUCGUUAUCCACCGACGAAUCUUCUACUUUGUCGAGUGCGGCGACAAUUAUUCAGGCCCAUAUAAGAGGGUUUCUAGUUAGAAAUAAAUUUAACGUCAACAAAACGCCCACUUCGACAGAAUCUCUGAUAGAUUCUAAAGAGUUUUCUCGUACAUCCUUGGAGAAAAAUAACGAUCCCCAAAAGACAAAAACUGUUUUAAACAUUCGUAUAGUGCCCGAAAAAGAUAAUUUCACUGGAAGGGAUGAGAGUUUGACGACUUCCAUGGAUUUAUCUAUGGACGAUAGUCCGCAGUUACUGUCUUCACACGCUAGUUACGAUGUAGUCGAACGCCGAAAGCAAUUGAAGCGUGAAGAUGCCAUUCAAUCCGUCACCCCGCCCAGCAAUACCAGUAGCAGUAAACUCAGCGAAGAUAUGGACUCUGUCACGGAACAAGUCGCCCGUGACGACGCUAAAGAGUCGGCCGUGCGUAUUUCUUUAGGGAAUUUCACACAAAAUCAAAGCAAUUUAGACGCCCACGAAGGUCAACCCGGAGUAGAAAUAGAAAAUAACCCGAUCCAACAUUCCCUGGAAAAAGAUGAUGAAACGGGUAACGAUCGAGGUCGUCGUAGCCCGUUAAAUAUUGACAGCGUUCAUAAAGUUCAACGUGAACAUACUAAUACUGCCAGUUUAAAGCAUUCCAGUGAGUUUUAUGAAGUGAUAUUACCCACAAAAGUUACCAGAAGUGACACGUCUGUCGUCCGUGAAUUUAAUAAUGUCUUGGCAUACCUUCUUCUCUGGGAUUACACAUAAAUAGGAACAGUUUCAGAUUUACUCUUGCAUGCUGCUAAACUUUUCUUUUCAUUACAAACAAUUAUAUUCUUAGCAUUAUCUAAGAUGUUUCUUAUUUUGUGCCAUUCCUUUAAAGCUUAAGUAAACAGUA